UAGUGUGAAGUGACGGUAAUAAGGUGUGGUGUGAAGUAGUGGUAAUAAUUCUUAAGUGUAUAGUGGUGGUAAUUAAUGGUGUGAAGUGACAGUAAUAUUGUUCUUGAUUUGAACGUUAUAGGAUAAAGUGCAUUGACUUGACUAUGGCGUGCUGUGGCCGAGCCCUUCCCACCAUUUUUUUGCAACUCAAUCUCAUAUUAAUGAUGUACGCGGGCGCGGGUUUCGCGACGGCAGCACGUUUGAAGUGGGACCCGAGUACGUACGUGCCUCUUCGAGAGUUGUUACCGCACGAGUACCGCGCCGCUGCUGCAUUGCUGCUUGCCGCGAGCAUUGUCCUAUUCCUGCUGGCACAUCUAGCACUUGCGGCAUUGUAUUCACGUCGUGCUAGAAGACUGUUACUUGUUAUGUAUGGCUGCGUGAUGGUGAUGAUGGUGAGCGCCCAGACGGCGUGGGGCUGGUGGACAGGUGUGCGGCUAGCGGGCUGGGCGCACUCAGCACAGGCGGAUGAUCUGCGCCACGCGAUGCGCCUACGCGAGCAUUUAGCGCCGCUGCUGCAAGACCUGGCGCAGUGGCACCCUCUACCGCAAAAACUCAACACUAUUAUCAAGGAAGCAGAGGAGGACGCGCCGCGGAACGGAUACGUGGCUGUGUCCGCAUUAGCUGUGUUCCUGGUAAUACAGCCCGCCGCAGCCGCUGUGGCCCUCAUAUUGGCCGCACGGACACAACCCCCGCAAAUUGACGACCAAAAUCAUAGCGUCAGCACAAGUUUGGACAGCGAGAGGCGACCUCUGCGAGCGGCGUACAAGAAUGGACGACUUGUUAUGAUAUAAAUCAUGUUGUUGAUGGACUCAUAAGUUCUCACUUUCGAAAAAACCUGUACAAAAAUAUCUUAGUUAUGCAUAAAAUCAUAAUACAAUGAGUAAGAGCGAUGUUUGACUCAUUCAUAAUGAAAAGAUAUGGUAACUAUUUUUUAGGUUAUAAAAAUAGGAACAUUUUGAUAUUGUAUACUCUGUACCAUCGAUAUUAUUUUUUUAGUUUAUAUUUUGAAGAUUAGAUUGUCGACAUCGACUAUAACUUUGCACACUUUUGCAUACAUGUAAAAUUUAUUUGUAAAUUAAAGUGUUUUUAAAGUUAUAUCGUGUUCCAAUGCUCAUUUAAUUUCAAAUUUGAAUAUGUACGAAAUAACUAAUUUAGUUCUGUGGUAAUUUCUUAAAUACGAAUUGAGUUAAAUGUAACUAAACUGUAAUGUUAAGACUGUGUUGUUAAUUAUGUUUUUGUAUACGAGAUGUUUAUUUUCUGUCAUUCUGUUACGUUUACACUAUGAAAAUGUAAAUUUAAAUAAAGCUGUUUAAUUAAGGAAUUUAGUUUAUAAGA